AUUCGUCGUUGCACUGCAGUCGCCGUUUUAGAGAGCGUUGCGCAGUGCGAUGCACGUUGGCGGUGCGGUUGUUCUUGACAGCCUUGCGUGCCGUGCGAAUUUUGGGCGAGAGGAGCGAUGAAGUUGAAGUUGAAGUUGAGGCCUUUCACGCACUGCUUUGUCAGUCUGCCGGCGGUGUGCAUUAGCCGAGCGUUGAGCGAGCAUCGAACGAGCGAGGGUCAGCGCAUUUUGAUCCGGAUAGAGCACGGAGAGUUGGGGUUCGUGCUGGCGUGGUCUGGAGACUGUGCUGGGUCGAGCGGGAGCGUUGAGAUUUCUAGCGAGCUUGCUGGUUGUUUGGGGUUGGAGGCAGAGGUGGACGUGGAUGUGUCUUUCGUGCCGCCUGGAUCGGUUGAGAGGGCUGGUAGGGUGCAGGUGGAGCCGGUUGAGGAGGGGGAUUGGGAGGUGGUGGCGUUGAAUAUGGCUUUUUUCGAGUCGCAGUUGGUGAAUCAGGUGGCCGUGCUUGCCGCGGGCUACACAGUGCCAGUAUGGGUGAAUCAGUCGGUGUGUGCGCGUAUAGCGGUCGUCGAUACCGUUCCGUCUCGGAUGGUGCAGUUGGUUGAGGGUUCGGAGGUUAUAGUGGUGCCGAGGAGGGGUGGGGGGCGAUUCGUCCGCGGGCGAGCGAGAAUCGGGCGUGGUGGAGGGGGUCAGAGGUGCGAGGUUGAGCACGGGAGUUGUGAGAAUUGAGAGGCAUUUCGACGAUGCCGAGGGUCCCGUGACUCGUCUUUUUUGCCGAAGAGGAGAUGUGAGGAGGUUUGGUUGGCAAGAGGGGUUGUUGGUGGCGGUUUUGCCAAUUAGGCCGAUUCGUGGGGAUGUGGCGAUUUUCUCGGGUGAGGGCGGUGGUCGCCGACCAGUGUACCUUCGCGUGGCAAGUCACCCGGAAGUUAGAGCGAGACACGCGCUUAUUCACGCGCACGCGAUGGCGACGUUGGGCGCUCAUUGUUUUUCGAGACUGCGCGUAAGACCGGAAAGGGGGUUCGAAAAUUGGGCGAGCAGAAUUCCGAGGAGUUUGUACUUCCAGCCGGUGGUGUUUGAAGAGGACGAGGAUCUGGAGAGCGACGGUUCGCAGUUGGAAGUUCCCGCGCUGCUGCGUGGCUUUGAGGCUUGGAUAGAGGCGAACGUGAUGAAUGGGGUGAAGGGAGCGAGUUGCUCAGCGAAGGAGGUGGCAGAUGAGUUGAGCGUUCCCGUUACGAACGGUCUUCUUUUUUGCUUGCAGGGCGGAAGUGGCUAUUACCGCGUCUAUUGCGACGCGAUGGAGCGCAUCGGGGCCGCCGAGGCGUUGCCUUCCGAGUCUGCGAGGAGGGCGGGCGCCGUUGGGGACUCGCUCGCGCGCAGUCCGUUCGAGUCGUUGAUCAAUUUGUUUGGCGGUCCGUUGGACGAGAAGAGGGGUCGGGAAGGGGGGGGAGGAGGCAGAGCAAAUUCAGUGGCGACGGAGCGGAAAAGGGAGCGACCGACUGAGGAGUGGCUGGACCGAGUAAUGGAGGACACUUCCGUUUAUUUCAUACCGAGGAACGUGAGGUUCGACGAAAGGUCGGUGGUCGUUGGCAAAAAAAAGCAGAUUCGGCGAAACAAGGAGUUGUUUUUGUCUUAUGGCAUUUUUCCGUCUAGUGUUUUACUGCCGAGCUUGGUUUUGCCUCGAGCGGUUUCUUGCUGCCCACCGCCGAAAAUCGCAGAGAUUGGAGGGCUGGACAGGGAGAUCGAGCGGUGCAAGUUGCACAUUGUUGGCGCGCUGUGUUGCCGUCGCCUCAAGAGGCGAAUUGGUGACAGUUGGUCCAAUUGUGUUAUUCACAUCUACGGCCAGCGCAGGUCCGGCAAGACGACGCUGUCCGUGUCUCUUGCUCACCAAUUCGCGCUUUGUCCCCGGUACCGCGCGUAUCCGGCCGUCUUUUCCGGCCUGGCGCGUUGCGGCAUUUCUUCAGAUGAGCUGCGUCGGGAACUCGCGCUGUUUUUUGAAGAGGCGAUCGCCCACCAGCCCUCGGUGGUGGUGUUCGACGAUUUGGACCUGUUGGUCUCACUGAAGGGCGAGCAUGAGUACGCGGCGGCGGAAGACGCGGUUCGGGCGCACGUGGUAUCGAGCGAGUUCGCGAAAUGGUUGCGUUUGAUUGCAAACGCUCGGCACAUCGUGUGCGUCAUCUUUACAUCUCUCGAGCGCUUUUCCCUGCCUCGAGAGCUUUGUCAGCCCGGUUUGGUCUCCGUGGAAUGCGCGACGCCCUCUCAGGAGUCGCGGGUUCAAAUUUUCGAGCGCCUCUUGGCGCGCAAGAAGCUGACGCUGGCGCCGAGCGUCGACGUGUCGUCGCUCGUGUCAAAGUGUGAAGGAUACACGGCGGCCGAUCUCGAGCAGUACCUCGACCGUGCGCUGCACGCCGCCUCGGUUCGCGUCGUCGACGCCGCCUCUCUCGGUGGUCGAGCGGUGGGCGCACAUAACGGAACGUCAAACGAAGUGUCAAACAAAACGUCAAACGAAGUGUCAAACAAAACGUCAAACGAAACGCCAAACGAAAUGUCAAAAACGUCAAACGAAAUGUCAAACGAAAUGUCAAAAACGUCAAACGAAAUGUCAAAAACGCCAAACAAAACGUCGAGCGGCUGUUUUCUCGCGUCCGACCGUCAAGUGUGCGAUUCGUCCUUUCCUCGGUGGAACUUGGCGCUCGAGGACUUCGACGCGGCGCGGCUCGGAUUCGCUCCCGCGAGUCUGAGAGGGCUGAAGCUUCAAGAGUCGGGCGUCACGUGGGCGGACGUUGGAGGCUUGGAUGAAAUUUGCGAAGAAAUUCGUCAACUCCUCGAAUGGCCGAUCAAGUACCAAUUUUUGUAUCGCCUCGUACCGAUUUCCAGAUGCGCAAACGUACUGCUCUAUGGUCCGAGUGGCUGUGGGAAGACGCUGUUGGCGCACGCCGCUGCCAAGGAAUGCGGCCUGAACUUUCUGAGCGUAAAGGGGCCCGAAUUGUUAGACAAAUAUAUUGGCCAAUCUGAGGCCGGCGUUCGUGAAUUGUUUUCUCGCGCGCGGAACGCAGCUCCUUGCAUGCUUUUCUUUGAUGAAUUUGAUUCAAUUGCGCCCCGUCGCGGCCACGAUCAAACGGGCGUCACCGAUAGAGUUGUUAACCAGUUUCUGACUGAACUUGAUGGCGUCGAAAGUCUCGAAGGUGUUCACGUCUUCGCCGCUACAAGUCGACCUGAUUUGAUCGACCCGGCCCUCCUUCGCCCCGGCCGUCUCGACAAGGCCUAUUACGUUCGCCCGCCAGCCUUCUCGGAUAGGCUCGCCAUUCUGAGCGCCGUCGGCCGCCAACUCAACUUCUCCGACGACGUGGACUUUUCUGUCAUCUCUUCUUGGACCGACGGAUACACGGGCGCCGAUUUGCGCGCCCUAUUAUACGACUCCCAGCUCCUGGCUAUUCAAGAAAGGCUUGACCGGCAACCCGCGGCCAACUCGCCCCAAGCUAGUCUGCCCCUCGCUCACCUGCUUCGCGUGGAUGUCCAAGGCUCCGAUUCUCCGGAAAAUCAAUCUCACUUGCUCCAGCGCCUGGAAACGAUUAAACAAAAGCUCGAAAAACGGCGAGAAAUCUCGAAUUUCUCCCUAACAAACGACCGGGUCAACACUUUCUCAGAAACCCGCGCUCGCCCCACGCCCAUAACCAUAUCCAUGCGCCACGUCAAAUCCGCCUUCUCGCGCCUGAAUCCCAGCACCACUCCGGACCAACGAAAGAAAAACGACCUACUCUAUUCCAGCUUUUCAGCCUCAAAAAAAAUGGAUGCUUCCACCGACGCCCAGCAACUUCUGCUGUGCCAGAAAGUGACCAUGGCUUAAAUCACCCUGUACAGCUUCGUUCUAGAUUCCCGCACCCCCUUCUCUUGGCGUAUAGGAGGUCCGCGCCGCGCUCCUCCUUCAAAAAAUUUUUCAAAUUUAUUUUUCCACCAUCGCAACUUUUUCCGUUGUUCCCAAGAAGCAGAGUCAAGCCGACGUGCGCAGCUACUGCCCCUCUUUCUCUGCGGCCAAGGACGCUUUUCCCUGUCGGCGCGUCUCGCAGCUGACUUGUUUAGAAUUCCAAUCUUUGAAGAGCUUUUUCAGCAUCUUCAUGUCCAUUCCCCAGCUUUUCUUUUGCUCCUGUGCCUGAUAUUUCGAGGACAGUAAAAAAACGCCAUCCUUCCA